CCUCGGCGGUCAGUCUCCGGUUUCAAAAUGGCGGCCGCCAUUGCGGACCUUCUGUUGGCUGGAAAUCGCGGCUGCUGCUGAGCGAGCGCCAGCUUUCCUCGCUCUUGAACCUGGAUUCGGCUAGGGGUUGGGAAGGGCAGUGGACGGCGUUGGGGGAGGACUGACGAGGACGGCAGCUGUAUGGAGGAUCAACUUGGAACAGGAAAACUAGAUGAGAGGAAAUUGCAUUCAUUCAACUGAGGUUUAUAAAGAACUCUUCCUUUCAAGUCACUGUGUUUCAUCUUGUAUACGGCUGAGAGAUCAGACCUUUGGACUGGUGUCAUUGGACCAAAAAUGACGUCUAUCAUCAAACUGACGACCCUGUCCGGGGUUCAGGAGGAGUCUGCUCUCUGCUACCUGCUGCAGGUCGACGAGUUCCGGUUCUUGCUGGACUGCGGCUGGGACGAGCACUUCUCCCUGGACAUUAUCGAUUCGCUGAGGAAGCACGUGCACCAGAUCGACGCGGUGCUGCUGUCGCACCCGGACCCGCUGCACCUCGGGGCGCUCCCCUACGCCGUCGGCAAGCUGGGCCUGAACUGCGCCAUCUACGCCACCAUCCCCGUUUACAAGAUGGGGCAGAUGUUCAUGUAUGACCUUUACCAGUCUCGACACAACACGGAAGACUUCACGCUCUUCACGCUGGACGAUGUGGACGCAGCCUUCGAUAAAAUCCAGCAGUUGAAGUUCUCGCAGAUUGUGAACCUGAAAGGUAAAGGACAUGGCCUGUCCAUCACACCUUUGCCCGCCGGUCACAUGAUAGGUGGAACAAUAUGGAAAAUAGUCAAAGAUGGCGAAGAAGAAAUUGUUUAUGCAGUUGACUUCAACCACAAGAGGGAGAUCCACUUAAAUGGAUGUUCCCUGGAAAUGCUAAGCAGACCGUCCCUGCUCAUCACGGACUCCUUCAAUGCCACGUACGUGCAGCCCAGGAGAAAACAGAGGGAUGAGCAGCUGCUGACAAACGUCCUGGAGACGCUGCGCGGUGACGGCAACGUGCUGAUCGCGGUGGACACCGCGGGCAGGGUGCUGGAGCUUGCGCAGCUGCUCGACCAGAUCUGGAGGACGAAGGACGCGGGCUUGGGCGUCUACUCGCUGGCCCUGCUGAACAACGUCAGCUACAACGUGGUGGAGUUCUCCAAGUCCCAGGUGGAGUGGAUGAGCGACAAACUGAUGAGGUGUUUUGAAGACAAAAGAAACAAUCCGUUUCAGUUUCGCCAUCUCUCCUUGUGCCACGGUCUCUCUGACUUGGCUCGGGUCCCCAGCCCUAAAGUGGUGCUCGCCAGCCAGCCCGACCUGGAGUGUGGGUUUUCAAGAGACCUCUUCAUUCAGUGGUGCGAGGACCCUAAAAACUCAAUCAUUCUAACCUACAGAACCACUCCUGGGACCUUAGCGCGUUUCUUAAUCGACAAUCCCUCCGAAAAAAUUACAGAAAUAGAGUUGAGGAAACGCGUAAAGCUCGAAGGGAAAGAACUCGAAGAAUACUUGGAAAAGGAGAAACUAAAGAAAGAAGCUGCCAAAAAACUUGAGCAGUCCAAAGAGGCAGACAUCGACUCCAGCGACGAGAGCGACGUGGAGGAGGACGCCGACCAGCCGACGGCCCACAAGGCCAAGCACGACCUGAUGAUGAAGGGCGAAGGGAGUCGCAAGGGCAGUUUCUUCAAACAGGCUAAGAAGUCUUACCCCAUGUUUCCCGCCCCAGAGGAGAGAAUUAAAUGGGAUGAAUACGGAGAGAUCAUCAAACCGGAGGAUUUCUUGGUGCCAGAACUUCAAGCUACUGAGGAAGAAAAAAGCAAAUUAGAAUCUGGCUUGACAAACGGAGAUGAACCCAUGGAUCAGGAUUUAUCUGAUGUUCCUACCAAGUGCAUUUCCAUGACAGAAUCUAUUGAAAUAAAAGCCAGGGUUACCUACAUAGACUACGAAGGGCGCUCUGACGGGGAUUCCAUUAAAAAGAUCAUUAACCAGAUGAAGCCGCGCCAGCUGAUCAUCGUCCACGGCCCCCCAGAGGCCAGCCAGGAUCUCGCGGAGUGCUGCCGGGCCUUCGGCGGGAAGGACAUUAAAGUGUACAUGCCCAAGCUGCACGAGACGGUCGACGCCACCAGCGAGACUCACAUCUACCAGGUGAGAUUGAAAGACUCGCUCGUUAGCUCCCUGCAGUUUUGUAAGGCGAAAGAUGCUGAGCUAGCCUGGAUAGACGGUGUCUUAGACAUGCGGGUCUCCAAAGUGGACACGGGAGUGAUCUUAGAAGAAGGAGAACUGAAGGAUGACGGGGAAGACUCGGAAAUGCAGGUGGACGCGCCCUCAGAUGCCAGCGUCAUCGCACAGCAGAAGGCCAUGAAGAGCCUGUUCGGAGACGACGAGAAAGAAACAGGCGAAGAAAGUGAGAUCAUUCCGACUUUGGAGCCCCUGCCGCCUAAUGAGGUUCCUGGACAUCAGUCGGUUUUUAUGAACGAACCAAGGCUGUCAGACUUCAAACAAGUUCUUUUACGGGAGGGAAUUCAAGCUGAAUUUGUAGGCGGUGUCCUCGUUUGCAACAAUCAAGUAGCCGUCCGCAGAACGGAAACUGGACGCAUUGGACUAGAAGGCUGCCUUUGUCAAGAUUUUUAUAGGAUAAGAGACCUUUUAUAUGAACAGUAUGCCAUUGUGUAAAGGACAUCACGUCAAGAAGUAUCUGUUUGACCUUUAUAAGAAAAAAGGGAUUCUUAUUCUAAGCUUUUGCGCUUUUUUUUUUUUUGGUAAUGUACAAGAAGAGUCUGCCAGAAAAACUUAACACGCAUUAGAUUUUUUGCUAAUGCUCAACUGAGCAUUCUCCCCUUUAGUGUGAGUGGGAGAGAUCCCAGCCCGUGUGCAGGCCUGAGAGGUGGAGCUGAUGGCUUUCCUUUGCCGACCCCUUAUUCUAGAAGGGCUUUCACUUGAAUAAAACAAUGCAACUUAGCAAACCAGUUCAUGGCCUUAGAGAAACAUAUUUGCAUGAACUCUUGCAAACUGUUUCUUACAUUUUCUGGAAUGCAAAGUGAGAAUUAUUUAGAAAAAAUGAGCUAUUAGAAAAAAAAACUGACAGCAGUUUUUUGAGUUCCUACGUAGUUAAAAACCAAAAUGCGAGGAGCACGGGCUGCCACGCUUCUGAGCUGUGACCCGCAGUUGUCCUCCCGUGCAGCGUGUCUGUUCCACGCCCGUGUCUCCCCGGCUCACUCCAGGGCGAAGCUGGAAGUGAUCAAUUUUCAUUUCUCCCGUUUCUUGUUUUACCAGGAUUCUGCCGUUGUUCCGUAUGAAUUGUAAUGCCGUCAUUUGAAUACACGUAAUUCAAAAGAGCUCAGUGUGUUCCAGUCUUAAGGGUUCUGCAUACACUUCAGACGCAUCUCAGCUGUCAUCUAGGUUACCAUUAGAAACUGUUUUGUGCUCUGUUUUCACGAAACAAGUUUGAACCUCCUGUUUUUAUCAGGUAGCAGUGUAAUUGAAUCACAAGGUGUAAAUGUUUCCCUCCCCUAGGCUUGCUUUCUCCCAAGGGCGCCCACGCGGUGGCUGGGUUUUAUACACAUCGCCGCAGAAGCAGCGCUGAAGGUGGACGCGGCCGUCUUUUCUGCAUCUGCACCUUGCUUGGGGCUGGCGGUGCUGACACGGUGCCCGCCGCUUGUAUUUAAGAAUAAAAACUGAGUAUAUGCAGUUUCCAUUGAACUUAACAAUGAAAUCAUUUCACCCUGUUGUACUCGCAGUGCUUUUUUAGCUUGUGGCUUAAUCACGGCAGACCUCGAGGCUUAUUCCCUGAGUAGCUAAGCCCUCCUCUUUACAAUUAGCAUUUUUAGAAGGAUCAGUCUUCUUUCGCUUGUAUGGAACUCUGUACAGUACAACCCAGUGCUAUCAGACUGCAGUUAAUUUCACUCCAUUUCAAAUGCUUACAAAGCUUUUCUUGUGGAUUAUAGUGCUAAUGCAGAGUUUACAGGCUUCUUGAUACUGACAGUCAGAUACACAAAACAAUGUUACGGAAGAUGAAGAUAAAGGGUAUGUUUUCUUUGCAGAGCUUUGAAAAAAAUUCACUUAAACUCUUAUUACUGAAGAGAGUAAGCCUAAAAUUCUAUUUAUUUUCCAGAUGAAGCAAAGUCUGCAUUUGUUUCAUGGAUUAAAGGAUUUGGUUAUACAUAUUACAUUGAAAUCCUGCUAUUGAAAAUUUGAUUUUUGCCUGACCCGUGAACAAGAAUUAAAUUUUAAAGUCCUGCCUGAAGAUGGCUGUGCUAACCAAUGUCAUUGUAGGAGCAAUCUUUUCACCUGUUUCUGGAUGACACCGUUACCAACAUUUCAAAAAUGAAGACAUUUGUUUAGCUUCGGUUACUGGAGAAAAAUACAAAUUUUUAAAAGGACUCUGAGAUAAAUCGUGAGCUCAGGAGUUUUUAGAUCUUUACUCGUUAGAAGCAAAACAAACACAACCAGACCAUCAGCUGGUAUCUAGAAAUAGCUUAAAAAGAUUUUUUUUGUUGCAUUUGUGGCGGUGGGAUUAUCCACGUCAGAUGCCAGUGCUGACUGUUUAGCGUUUCGGUGAGCCAGCUGGUGGUCUCCAGCAGAAGGAGGGACCAGUUUUCUAAGAGCCAUUCGCCUUUUUAAAGAAAAUAGAGCUGUGAUUCACAUACCAUAAAGUUCUCUCUUUCAAGUGCACAGUUCAUGGAUUCGUAGUGUAUUUACAGCGCUGCGCGACCAUUACCACUCUCUCACUCCAGAGCAUGCUCCUCAUCCCCCAGAGGAAACCUCGUCCCCAUCAGCUGUCGGUUCCCAUGCUGCCUUUUCCCCAGCCUCAGGCAACCAUUAAUGUAUUCUCUGUCUCCUAUGGGUUUGCCUGUUCUGGAUGGUUC